AUGGCCUUCAAACAUGGGCUGAGUGAACGCCUCGACGAGCUGCGAUUCCCAACCCCACGAUCCCCGCCCUCGGAGUCUGCGUUCCCUGGAUACACUCCUCUUUCCCCGGGCCAUUCGAACUUUGUCUCGGGGUUUUCGACUCGGCCGGCCGGUGAUGUUCGAGCAAACCUGCAACGUCGGUUUACUACCGAUUCAAGCAAGUUUCCAUCAUGGAAUUAUUUGAGACCAAGCUCGGGUUCGGGAUCUAGCUCGGGUUCGGGCCAGAUGCAAGACCCGUUAGAUCUGUUGUCUUCGUUUGAAAAGAAAAGGCAACACAUUGAAUACAUGCGAGAACAAAAACGCCGCUUUGAGGAGGAUAUGAAAAUACUCGAUAUCCAACACGCAAAAGAGAAACUGGAGAUGGCCCAACUCGCUCGGGACAUGGCCCAGGCUGGUAUCUCUGGCCCAGUCAGUGAGCCUACUACCCCGCCUGAGUAUCGUGAUACUGCUGUGUCAGAUGCUUUCAGCCGUCCGGCUCGGUUUUCUACUUCCAACGUGACCUCUUCGCCCAAUUUCUUCAACGCCUUUGCUCCUUCGACUUUGACUUCGCCGCAAGCGACUUCUCAGUCCGCUCAGCAAUCAAUUGACCGUUUCGCUGGACACUCUGUUCCCAGCUCACGACGCAACUCUGAGAAGGAAGACUUCUUCACGGACCCGACUUCUCCCUUUCGCCAGGGGCCAUCUGUUGUCCAUCGGUACUCGCUGCCUUCGGGCAAUCCGAACAACCACUCUCACCGACAGAGUAUUUCUGGUCUGAACGGAUCUCGCUUGGACAGCUUCAAUGUUCCGAAAUAUUUGUUCCCAAGCGAGGACGACAAGUCUCAUCAUCACCAGAGAGAGAUGGAACGCUUGUCGACCCCUGACAUCAAGAGCUACAUCAAGUUGACCGAGCCGGAUGACAAAUUUCCAUCUUUGACUCGUCGGGGUGACUCUAACAUGCUGUCUGCAAACCCCGAUGCGCACGAUCUAGCCAAUGGUCGCGCCCUAGGCUCCGAACACUACUCUCACCAUAGCCGUCACCGGUCGUCUCAUCAAAGCAUGCCUCAGAAUCUCCAAACUUUUGGCCGCUUGGAUCAGGUGACAACUCAACACAGUGAGGAUCCCAACAAUACAUCCCACGUUACUCGCCACAAUGGUCGUCGUUCCAUGGGAAGUCAGAUUUCGUUCAAUGACUGUCGCGAGGAGACAGCGACCCCUGUCGCUUCGAGCCGCCCUACGGCUUUGCAGUCGUCCUAUUCAACGAAUGAUCUGCCCACUGUUAAGGGAAAUGGCACUGGAAUGUCUGUCACUCCUCCGCAAUCUCACAAUGCGAACCUGGGACGAAUUACCCAGAAUGGUGUGAACAACAAUCAGCCUAAGGCUGAUUUCGAUGAGGCCGAGUUCCACGGUAACCAGUCCACACUGCAUGCAGGUGCCCCACCCUUCGGGCCCCAGAUCAGUUCUUUAGCAUCGAACCAGCACCCUUCUGGCUCGCAUGUCCCAAUGGGUCUGCCAUUCGGGGUCCCAGCGGUCACAGGUUCAGUCGCUACUCUCAAUUACGGAAUGCAGCCCUAUGUCGGCCAAGCGAAUCCUAUCAACGGCCACAUGCAAAGCUUUGGAGGGACUGCUGCUUAUAACGGCUAUCCCGGCUAUGGGGGUCCUGCGGUCCGCUUCAGCGAACCUGCUGGCCGUGGAAACAUGGCCCAACGUCGCCAGGAGAGUGAGGCAAGCCAGCUCACGCGUUUCGGGAAUUAUCCCCUUGAACACUACAAGGGCGAACUGUACAGCUUGUGCAAAGAUCAACAUGGCUGCCGAUACUUGCAGCGCAAGUUGGAGGAGCGCAAUCCGGACCACGUGCAGUUGAUCUUCAGUGAGACGUACAUGCACGUUAUCGAGCUCAUGACAGAUCCUUUCGGCAACUAUCUUUGCCAGAAGUUGCUGGAAUAUUCGAAUGAUGAGCAACGUACCGCAUUGAUCAACAAUGCUGCUCCUCAGUUGGUUAAGAUUGCUCUCAACCAGCAUGGAACUCGUGCACUACAAAAGAUGAUCGAGUUCAUCUCGACCCCGCAACAAACCCAGACAGUGAUUAAGGCGCUGCAGCAUCAUGUCGUUGAUCUGGUGCAGGACCUUAAUGGCAAUCAUGUCAUCCAGAAGUGUCUUAACCGGCUCACUUCCGAGGACGCCGAGUUUAUUUAUGAGGCUGUUGGAGCUCGUUGCGUUGUUGUCGGGACUCAUCGCCAUGGAUGCUGUGUUCUUCAGCGCUGCAUUGAUCAUGCCUCUGGUCAACAGAGGGCUCGCCUGAUUUCACAAAUUACAUCGCAUUCGUUUGCUUUGGUCCAGGAUCCCUUUGGCAAUUAUGUUGUGCAAUACAUCCUGGAUCUUGCGGAGCCGAGUUUCACUAACCCGCUGUGCGCUACCUUUGGUGGUAACAUUCCUCAGCUCUCCAAGCAAAAAUUCAGCUCCAAUGUUAUCGAGAAGUGCCUUCGUACUGCGGACGAUUACAUGAAAACUGCCAUGAUCGAAGAAUUCCUAGCCCCCAACGAGCUUGAGAAGAUGCUUCGUGAUUCCUUUGCGAACUACGUUGUCCAGACCGCCAUGGACUUUUGUAACGCCGAAACUCGUAACCGCAUUAUCGAGGCCGUUCGCCCCAUUCUCCCGUCCAUUCGCCAGACUCCUCAUGGCCGUCGCAUCGCGGGCAAAAUCAUGGCUGCUGAUACCAAUCCUCGCAGCAACGGUAGCAGCGCCACCGCCAGUGGCGAAGUGACACCGAAUGAGAUGGGCAAUUCUACUCAGAUUCCUAAGAACCUGUUGCAAAAGCCUUUCGUGUACCAACAGCCUGGUGUUCAGUCCCCGGCAUCCCACGGCGGAUACGGCAAACAGCAUUAUGCGACUCAAUCUUCCCAGAGCUCUGCCUCCACCACUCCUCCGGGACAGAGUGAUACCUCCUCCGUCUACACCACCUCGACUCCGCUGUCCAUGAAGGCUGGACAGCCGCAAAUUCCGAACUACUUCUGA